AUGAUCAGGGAGGGACAGGACAAGUUAAAGGGCCUUCCUGUCGACGAUCCUACUACUGCCACGGUUCUUCGUGGAUCUAAAGUCCGGGGUGGAGGUCUUGCUCUGCUGGAAGACAUCCAGUUGAUCGAGACGUUGGCCCACUUCCCUCGGGAAAGAAUUCCAGAGAGAACGGUUCACGCAAAAGCCGCAGGUGCAUGGGGCGAAUUUGAAGUCACGCAUGACAUCACCUCCACCACCUCCCUCAACACCAUCGGCAAGAAGACGAAAGUUCUAAUGCGCAUCUCCACCGCUGCAGGCGAGAAAGGCUCAUCAGAUACUGUGCGCGAUGCCCGGGGAUGGGCAAUGAAGUUCUUCGCCGAGGAAGGAAAUUAUGACAUCGUUGGAAACGACUUGCCCCUCUUCGGCCCCCGCGGCGUUCCUGCAUCCCUUCGUCACAUUGCUGGCUACGGCCUGAAAGAGGGAGACGCCAUCCGUCCCGCAGGUGAAGAACCCGACUACCACGUCAAAGACUUGUAUAACGCAAUUGAACGCGGCGAUUACCCUUCCUGGACCAUUUAUCUCCAAAUAAUGAAUCCCAAAGAAGCAGAAACCUACCGCUGGAAUAUAUUCGAUUCAGCCAAGAUCUGGCCGCACAAGGAUUUUCCGCUUGUUCUAGUUUGGAAACCUUACGAUGUCGAACAAGCCGCUUUAUCGCCUUCGACCAUGGUGCCUGGAAUCGGGCUGUCGACGGAUAUUAUGCUGCAGGCGAGGAUGUUUAGUUGUCCGGAUGCGGCGAGGUAUCGCGUUGGGCCGAAUUAUCAGCAGUUACCGUGUAAUCGGGCGAAGUAUGUGUAUUCGCCAUAUCAGCGUGACGGACCUGUGCGGAUUGAGGGGAACUACGGUGGAGAUCCUGAUUAUGGUAAGUCUACCCGCACAGGCCCCGUCGACGUCUCCCACGAUAAGUGGGUCGGCCAAGUCUCGGCCUGGACGUCGAUGCUGUGGAAGUUCUUCCUCGAGGAAGGAGAAGAUAAGACAUUCAUCCACAAUCUUACCGAGCAUCUAAAGAAGGCAUUACCAGAAGCUCAGAUGGAAACUAUUAAUAAGCCAAUUCUUUCCCCCUUCCUCCUUCGUAUGUAUUCGUCCUGCUAA